AUCAUCAUCACCACCACCAUCAUCAUCGUGUGUGUCCCGUAGCCAUUUCUGGUUAGCAGAGGAAGCCCAGCAGGCCAGGAGCUCUGCUAAAAUGGCACAGGCCAAUGCGUUUGAAGCCAGCAGCUCCCAGAUCCAGGUGGAACACGACAGAAAGCGGCGGCAGUUCGUCAUACGGCUGAACGGAUCCCACGAUCGAGCGGUCCUCCUGUACGAAUACGUCGGGAAGAAGACGGUGGAUCUGCAACACACAGAGGUUCCAGAUGCUUACAGGGGGAGAGGAAUUGCCAAACACCUGGCCAAGGCAGCCAUGGAUUUUGUGGUGGAGGAGGACCUGAAAGCUCAUUUGACGUGCUGGUACAUCCAGAAAUACGUCAAGGAGAACCCUCAGCCGAAGUACUUUGAACACAUCUACCAGUGACCUCACAUGGGACCGAGAAGGACUGAGAGACAGCGACUGUGCGGCAAAAUGUUCUGGGUGGGAGGUUUCCAGGACGCGACACAAACAAACCUCCCCAAGCCUCGUUAAAGCGCAGAAAACGAGCGAACGCCGAUUAUCUCAAACCACCGCGUCAGGUCGGGUGGACGUGGACCGCUGAAGCAAAUCACGCCGUACCAGACUGGCAGAGACGAAGCGGCCCGAACAGUGAGGGCUGCGACCUCCGGGACGUCCUCCUCGCCGCUGACGUGAAGCAUUCGCUGAUUGCAGCACGUCGCCGUCCUCCUUUUGGACUCGCUCGAUCGGGAGAUACAGGAUCAGACCGAUUUUUGUGUCUUUUUUUUUUUUUU